UUGAGUUAUAACCGUCUCGGUGUUGUGACGUGAAUCGUCUCCCAGCAGAAUGUUUUCCCGCCGUCUAACUUAAUAUUUCACUUUUGUGGAUUUCCGCAGAGAAAGCAGCGACACCGGAGCAGAGAAACACCUCCGGACAGCACGGCACCGUUUAUCUGACUCAUUAUUACUCAUUAAAUCCACUGUUUUUGGAUCAAAGUGCUUUUAAAGACAGAUACUCGGCGAGAUCAACUUUAAAACGAGCGAGCUGAGCAGGUGGACAUGGCGCUGCAGCGGGUGGCGGUGGUCGGCGCCGGGGCGGCGGGACUCUGUGCGGCACGUCACAUCCUGUCCCGCCAGAGCAGCUUCGCCCCCCCGGUGGUGUUCGAGCUCACCGGCAGCGUGGGGGGCACCUGGUGCUACGACGAGCGUAUCGGGACGUACGACAACGGGCGGCCGAUCCACAGCAGCAUGUACAGAGACCUGCGAACCAACCUGCCCAAAGAGGUGAUGAUGUUCCCAGACUUCCCCUUUGAGCCUGAGCUGAACAGCUUCCUGCCCCAUCAGGAGGUCCAGAGGUACCUGCAGAGGUACUGCCAGAGCCACGGCGUCCGGCCGCACAUCAGGUUCAACACGGUGGUGGAGAGCGUGCGGCCCGUGGUCGCGGCGCCGCAGGCCGAGCAGGAGAGGACGGCUUGGGAAGUGACGUCGUCCGAUUCUUCAGGUCGUCAGAGAAUAGAAACCUUCGACUCGGUCUUCGUGUGCUCGGGGCACUACUCUGACCCUCACAUCCCGCACAUCCCGGGGAUACACAAUUUUAAAGGACAGGUGCUCCACAGUCAUGCGUACAGGUUUGCAGAGCCGUUCUCGGGUCAGUCGGUGGUGGUUCUGGGAGCCAAAGCUUCAGGACUCGACAUUUCCAUUGAACUGUCCAAAGCUGGUGCAAAGGUGACUCUGAGUCACCGGCAUCCUCGCCUCACCUGUCCUCUACCUGCCGCGAUACAGCAGUCCAGUGCGGUGGUGGCGGUCGAGGACGACGGCAGCUUACGAUUCCAGGACGGCUCUGUGCUCGCUGCUGACGUCCUGAUCUUCUGCACCGGGUACAACUUCAAGUAUCCGUUCCUGGACGCGCCGCAGCUGGGUCUGCAGAUCCAGGACCACCUGGUGUCCCCCCUGUACCGCUUCAUGAUGCCGCCGGCCUUCCCCUCACUCUUCUUCAUCGGCAUCUGCAAGAUCAUCUGCCCCUUCCCCCACUUCAACUGCCAGGUCCAGUUCGCUCUGGCCGUGCUGGACGGCUCCGUCACUUUACCGUCUCCGGCCCAGAUGGAGGACGAGGUCCGGCAGGAUCUGCGGGAGAAGGAGGAGCGUGGAGUCCAGCGGCACCACCUGCUGAUCCUGGACCAGGACCAGUGGGAGUACUGCCGGACGCUCGCUCAGGCUGCCGGCUUCCCGCCGCUGCAGCCGUUUGUACGCAGCCUGUACGACGAGGUGUGGCGACAGCGAAGAGUUCACCCCGAAAACUACCGGAGGCUCAACUACGGGCUGAUCGACGAAGACCAGUGGGAGGUGAUCGAUUGAUCGACAGACUAAUAAACUUUAUGAAAAUCAGAAUCAUGACUGUGAGAAACUAAAUGUGCUUAAAAACUUCAAAUAAUCAGAGAGAAAGAAAAUUAACCCGAUUUAUGUUCUGAGGUGUUGAUUCACCUUGAUGCUCAUGUAAGAAGCUGCAGUUUUAUGAAACGAAUUGCCAGUUAAAAGUGUUUUAUCUUUAACUUUUUAAAUAUACAACCACGAUUCCAAAGAAGCAGACGCUGUCUAAAAUGUGAAUAAACAGAAUGCAAUGAUUUACUAAUCCUUUGUGAGAAAUAUUUAAAUAAAACAAAAUAUUUAAUGUUCAAACAGA